AUGGCCCUCAGGAGGGGAUUGCCUCGGGGAUCUAAUCUCGGUGUAAUGUUGCUUGCCACCCAGGUUUUGGGCUUUGGAAUGGAUAAAAUACCUCCUGCUACGCUAGCUCUGAUUGUUGGACAGACGGCCAUCUUCCUGGAUAUGUUUCCAAAAUUAUUUCCAACAGUAGACACAGUGUGCCUGAAUCCGUUUAUGGUGUAUCACAAUAAGGAAUGGCGGAGGUUAGUCCUGGGUGCCCUGAGCCAUGGCUCCGACAUGCACCUCUACUACAACAUGCUGAGUCUUUUCUACAAAGGCAGCUGGUUAGAGAAGCGGUUUGGCACCGUGUAUUUUGUGUACCUCAUCAGCAUUUUUACCGUUCUGACAAGCAUUGUGUACAUUGGGCUAGAGCUUCUACUGGGUAACAUGUUAUCCUGUGCUGUUGGAUUUUCAGGCGUGCUGUUUGCCAUCAAAGUUUUGACGACUCACUAUUCUCCGAAUGAACCAACGCGGUUGCUUGGCUUUAUUCCUGUUCCCUCCAAGCACAUCUACUGGGCAGAGCUGCUUCUCAUUCAGAUGCUGGUUCCCAAUGCAUCUUUUGUUGGUCACCUGGCCGGCAUUCUAGUGGGACUUGCUUAUAUAUGGGGACCUCUGAGGUUUUUCAUGGAUAUAUUUUUGCAGCCUCAAGGCAAGUCUUGUCAGUCAUCUCGGGCUCAGAGAACAUCAUUUAAUGCUCGGGGAAGCUCUGGCUAUAGUUAUGCCAGUCGAGCUUCUCCGUCUGCUCCAGCUUACGAUGAAACAGCAUACAGUUCAGCUACACAUUCCAGGAAUUACUAUUCUUAUACUGGUGGCUUGGAUGAAGAUGAGCAGUACCAGAGAGCUAUGCAGCAGAGCAUGAACGACAACCGCCAGACUCCAAACUCACAGGGUUUGCACCCAAACUUGGAUGAUCUGCGUUCAAGGAGAGCACAAUUCUACAGUUGA